CCGCCGCUGAGCCUGCAGAAAGCGCUGCAGCAGUGCGAGCUGGUGCAGAACAUGAUCGACAUCAGCAUCUCCAACCUGGAGGGGCUGCGCACCAAAUGCGCCACGUCCAACGACCUCACGCAGAAGGAGAUCCGCACCUUGGAGAGCAAGCUGGUCAAGUAUUUCAGCCGCCAGCUCUCCUGCAAGAGGAAAGUGGCCCUGCAGGAACGCAACGCCAAGCUCGAGGGCUUCCCGCAGCUCCUGCACUGGUUCCGCAUUGUCAACAUCCGCAAGGAGGUCAUGGAGGAAAUCAUUCGUGGCCAGCUGAACCUGGAAGAUCUUCUGGAAAUGACCGAUGAGCAGGUCUGUGAGACGGUGCAGAAGUUUGGCGCCAACAGAGAGGAGUGUGCCCGGCUCAACGCUUCCCUGUCCUGCUUGAGGAACGUCCAUAAAUCUGGAGGCAGCCUUUCCAAACAAGACUGGACCAUCCAGUGGCCGCUGACUGAGACCAGCAAGGAGAACAACUCCGCGUGCCAAUCAGAAUCCAUGCAGUGGAUUCGAACUCACCUCUCCCCAAGCCCCAAAACUCAGUCCAAAUGCAUUCAGCAUUACUGCCACCUGGGAUUGUCUCACGGACCAGCGUACACCCAUGUGGACAGGCUGACGGUGGAAGGCUUUCCGGGACUCUGCCCCCCUCUGGAAUCGGGGCACCGGUCCUUGCCACCCUCCCCAAGGCAGCGGCAUGUCGCCCAUACACCACCACGUACCCCUAAUAUAGUCACUACCAUGACUCCGCCUGGCACCCCGCCAAUCAGGAGGAGAAACAAGGUGAAACCUCCGGGCACGCCGCCCCCCUCCUCCCGCAAACUGAUUCAUCUUUUCCCGGGCUUCACAGCAUUGCAUCGCAGCAAGUCCCAUGAAUUUCAGCUGGGCAAUCGAGUGGACGAGGCUCACACGCCCAAAGCAAAGAAAAAGAACAAACCCUUGAACCUCAAGAUCCACAACAGCGUGGGGAGCUGUGAGAACAUCCCUGCCCAGCGAUCUCCCCUCCUCUCUGAACGGUCCCUGCGGUCUUUCUUUGUUGGACACCCACCUUUCCUUCCUUCUACCCCUCCUGUCCAUACUGAUGGCACAUUCUCAACAAAUACACUCUCAGUACCUCGCUGGUCCCCGCAAAUUCCUCGACGAGAUCUUGGAAACUCAAUCAAACAUAGGUUUUCCACCAAGUAUUGGAUGUCUCAGACAUGCACUGUCUGUGGGAAAGGGAUGUUGUUUGGACUGAAAUGUAAAAACUGCAAGCUAAAGUGCCACAACAAAUGUACCAAAGAGGCCCCACCGUGUCACCUUCUGAUCAUCCACCGUGGAGCAAGACUAGUCCGGACAGAAUCUGUGCCAUGUGAUAUUAACAACCCAUUGCGGAAGCCUCCCAGAUACUCAGACUUGCACAUCAGCCAGACCCUCCCCAAAACCAACAAAAUCAACAAGGACCACAUUCCAGUGCCCUACCAGCCUGACUCCAGCAGCAAUCCCUCCUCAACAACGUCGUCCACGCCUUCCUCGCCGGCUCCACCCUUGCCACCCAGUGCCACACCGCCUUCUCCCCUGCAUCCCUCCCCGCAGUGCACGCGGCAGCAGAAGCAGUUCAAUUUACCUGCUUCCCAUUACUACAAGUACAAGCAGCAGUUCAUCUUUCCAGAUGUUGUCCCCGAGACUCCCACCAGAGCACCCCAAGUUAUCCUUCAUCCAGUGAAUUCUAACCCAAUCCUGGAAGGAAAUCCAUUACUUCAAAUUGAAGUGGAGCCAACCUCUGAGAAUGAGGAGGCACAUGAAGAGGAGUCGGAAGAUGAUUUUGAGGAGAUGAACCUCUCGCUCCUGUCAGCCCGCAAUUUUCCACGCAAGGCCAGCCAGACCAGCAUUUUCCUACAAGAGUGGGACAUCCCUUUUGAGCAGCUGGAGAUUGGGGAAUUGAUCGGCAAUGGCCGCUUUGGGCAAGUGUUCCAUGGCCGCUGGCAUGGCGAAGUAGCCAUUCGCCUCAUUGACAUUGAGCGGGACAAUGAGGACCAGCUGAAGGCCUUCAAGCGGGAAGUGAUGGCCUACCGGCAGACGCGACACGAGAAUGUGGUGCUGUUCAUGGGCGCUUGCAUGAGCCCUCCCCACCUCGCCAUUAUCACCAGCUUGUGCAAAGGACGGACGCUCUAUUCAGUGGUGAGAGAUGCCAAAGUCGUCCUGGAUUUCAACAAAACAAGGCAGAUCGCUCAAGAGAUUGUCAAGGGCAUGGGUUACCUUCACGCAAAGGGAAUUCUCCACAAAGACCUGAAGUCCAAAAAUGUGUUCUAUGACAAUGGGAAGGUGGUGAUCACAGAUUUUGGCCUCUUCAGCAUAUCAGGAGUUCUGCAAGCAGGCAGGAGGGAGAACAAACUGCGGAUCCAAAAUGGCUGGCUGUGCCAUCUGGCCCCGGAAAUCAUCCGCCAGCUCUCACCUGACACAGAAGAAGACAAGUUGCCUUUCUCCAAGCACUCAGAUGUCUUUGCACUUGGCACCAUCUGGUAUGAGCUCCAUGCUCGGGAAUGGCCUUUUAAGACCCAACCUGCUGAGGCAAUAAUUUGGCAAGUGGGCCGAGGGAUGAAGCCGAACCUUAGCCAAAUUGGCAUGGGGAAGGAGAUCUCAGACAUUCUUCUCUUCUGCUGGGCCUAUGACCAGGAGGAACGGCCAACUUUCACCAAGCUCAUGGAGAUGCUGGAGAAACUGCCAAAGCGGAACCGUCGGCUGUCCCACCCUGGACACUUCUGGAAGUCAGCAGAGCUGUGACAGAUGGCGCAGAGGGAUGGUGCCUUUCUUACACCUUUCUCUUUCUCCUCCUCCUCUUCCUACUGUCUGGAAGGCCAGAAGGGCACAGCGAACCAGUGAGCAUCACAGGAACAAAGAAACUACUCCCUUGCUCUGAUCUCUGGAACUAACGUGGUGUCUGGGGUGCAGGAGGACCGCCAUGCUCAGUCCAGGGGGCCUUGAAGGAUCAUGUCUGUGGAAUGAAGAGCAGGUCGGAAACAUUCACAGCAGAUGCUCAAUAGCCUCGCGUGGAGUCCUCUUACCUCCCCCCCUGGUUGCACACAAUCUAGUGGCACCUUAUGGAAGCCAGUGAGCCUUCAGGCUCCUCCCACUGGUUCCUCUUUAGACCAACCAAUGAGGAGCUUAGGAAUUUCCCUGGACCCAAUAAGCACCCUCUGAAGCUGGCGUGUUCUCUUUUUGUAAGGUUUUCUUUUAUUCUUUCGAAGAGAAAUUCUGCCGAACCAUUCGUUGUGUUGCCUGCCUGCUGGCAGUGGUGAGGAUUUCAGCUGUUUCUAUCCUAGCAGGUAUCUCCCAGAGCAGAGCCCUAAGCUGAGCUUUCAGGGGUUAACAUGCCAUUAGUGACAAUUUCCUGCUAGCUCCUCUUCCCUUCCCUAUGCUCCACCUAUGGCUUCUGGUUCUUUUGGUGCCUGGUAUUUAUUGCCUUUCACAAUCUCUUGUUCUUUCUGCUGCUUCUCUCUCAGUUAUACAAGCCACCCACAACACUAGCCAUCAUGUCCCCACCUCUGCCCGGCACACCUGUGUCACUGGGUGGGCGUGCGGCUUCCUGUCAGGAGCCACCUGUGCCUGGAUAAAUAGGUGGUCUCCUACGUACAUACUUGUACACCCAGCAGUGCUUUGCCAGAUGCAGGUGAUUACAGAACAGGCCUCCAAUAUGCACAGUGUGUGAGUGUGUGUGUGUGUGAGAGAGAGAGGCAGAGAGAGAGAGAUCUGUAUUUUCAAACAUUUAUCCGUGAUACCACAAACCCAUAUAUUUCCCCACAAUUCCAUGCCAGCUGACCACUGCUACAGUUUUUAUAUAAACCUUUCCCCAGCAAGCUUGUAACUUACCACAUGGGGUCUGGAUGAAAUCUGUUGGGAAUGGUGUUUCCCCCAUCUGGCUAGGUCACCCCAAAUAGUUCCUCAUCUGAGGAACAGAUGAGAAGGAAAGUAAUACCCCAAAAUGUAUUUGCUUUCCAGACUGAUGUAGGUUACAUAACUCACAUAAGUUACAUAACUCACAUAAGCUACUCACCAAGAAGGGAUUUUUCAGUGCCCCAUUGCCUUUGGGUUAGUUUAGAUGACCGAUUGGCUCUCAGGCCGAGCUCUCACCCGGAACUGCAUCUGGACUCAGCUGUAUUUCAUUUGUAUUUUCUUUUAAGGAUCAUUUAGAAGAGAGGCUGACUAGCUGUCCUUGUGUCUUUCACUCUGUGUAAAAGCAGCCAUAAAAAACGUUUGAGCCAGGCCCAUGGUGCUAGACUGAGAUGUGGUGUACCUCCACACUACUGUUUGCAGACAGUCACAGGAGGGAGAAAGAUUCCAGCCUAGCUUGUCUUCUGGUUUUCUCUAUGCGAGGAACCUUUCACAGGGCGAUAGUUAUAAUGAUAAAUUGGAGCAGGAGAGAACAUCGCCAUAAGCCGAUUUGGGACCCUGUUGAGUGGAGAAACAUCUUUGCCCAUAUAAUUCACCGACAUGCAAAUUGUCCCAAUGAUGAACCCUUAACCAAUGGCCGUGCAGGCACACCCAUUCGUUGAGGGUUCAUCACGGCACUUAAAAACCAUACUGGCCCCACCAUAGCAGGGGAAGUAGUGCGUUGAGACCCAUUGUUCCACCACCCACCCAACAGUCUCCCCAUUGGCCCAUCUGCCCUCCAACCAUCCCCCCAAACAAACCACCACAGCGGGGAAGCAGCACCUUGCAGCCCAAUGCCCCACUGUCCUGCAGCCCACUGCCCCCCCCAAACCUCCCUGUCGCCCCAUCUGCCCUCCAAUCACCUUUGCCCCAAUCAAACCAUUAUUGGAUCAGGGCCCCCACCUCCCUUCCCAAGACCUGUGGGCCUUGGAAAGCAAGGCGAGUGGAGAAGCGGGGCUGGACCUUCAUGCAUGAUCACCCUCUCCAGCCUGUUUCCCGAUCCCUGGGGUCAUUGGAAAGCUGGGGGUUGGAAGACAACACGAUCUUGCAUGCAGGACAGAGCUUGUUCCACCCCACAUGCAAGCUGUCCCUCCCCACCCCAUUUCCAAAAGCCUGGGGACCUUGGCAAGCGUGGUGGAGGGGAAAGAUAACAUAAGGGCACCACAAUUCCAGCUUUGCAAAGCAGGUGGCAGCAGGAUGUCUGUGAAGGUGGGGAGAGUUCCCCACAUCUCCUUAGGCCAGGGGUAGGGAACCUGCGGCUCUCCAGAUGUUCAGGAACUACAAUUCCCAUCAGCCCCUGCCAGCAUGGCCAAUUGGCCAAUUGGCCAUGGUGCUUUCUGUCUACAGCUGAAUACGCUUUCCAUUCUAAUUUGCCAUGUAAACUUUUAAAUUGUAAAAAUACUGAGGAAUGUCCUAUUUGUUCAGGUAGCUAUACGAGCAGUAAAGUCCAUUGUACAAAAAA